UCGCCUGUUUACGGUGGGUGGUUUGUUGAAUUGUUGGAACAGCUGAAUGAGUUUUGCUUCUAAUACUGUGAGAUUUUUUAUAUACAGUAUUUGACGACUGCAAUGUAAAUUUCCUAACAGAAGUAACCACACGAACAGCCGCUACACAAAAAAAUCUGCAACAGUAACAUACAUGUUGCAUGAUUCUAGGUCUCAGCCAGGAAGUUCGGGUAAGCAGCAUGAGUCAGUGGGAGAAGCUCAAACAACUGGAUACAAAGUACUUGGAGCAGUUGCACCAUCUGUACCAGGAUGAAAACUUUCCCAUGGAUAUUCGGGAGUAUCUUGCUCAUUGGAUUGAAAGUCAGGACUGGGAUAAAGCCAUAACCAAUUACUCACUGGCCACCAUUCACUACCAGAAUCUGUUGGACCAAAUCAACAAUCAAUACAGCCGCUUUAUACAGGACAAGUUGUUUGUUUGCCAGCACAAUUUCAAGAGAUACAAGCAUAAUAUACAGGCUUAUUAUGGAGAGGACCCUGUUCUAUUGGCAAAGAAUGUCGCUUCUUACCUGAAUAAGGAGAAGAUGAUCCUAAGCAAUGCUGCAGAGGAUCAGCAGGCUGUCAUGGGGCAGUCGCAACCUGUGGACUUUGAAAGGCACCAGAACGUAGAACAAAAAAUAACUGCACUGAAAAUGAGUGUGCAGGCAUGUGAGCAGAAGUUGAAAUUCCUAGAAGAACAACAAGAUGAAUUUGAUUUCAAGUUCAAGACUUUCAAAGUUCAAGAAUCAAACAAUUCUGAGAAGCAGAAAGAAGAAGAAUUAAAGGUGCUACAGAAUAUGCUAAAUAUUCUGGACAACAAUAGAAAACAAGUCCUUGAAAAAUUUGGAGAGUUUCUAGGUGAAGCUGAGAUGCUCCUCAGUACACUGGUGAAAGAGGAGCUGGCAGACUGGAAGAGGCGGCAACAGAAGGCCUGUAUUGGUGCCCCUUUGAACAUUUGCUUGGACCAACUGGAGAGCUGGUUUACUGCAUAUGCAGUGUGUUUGUUUCAAGUGAAAAGGCUGCUGAAAAAACUGGAGGAACUGGGAGAGAAAGUGACCUACGAUAAGGAUCCUUUUAAAAUACAAAGGCCUGUUUUGGAGAAGCAUGCUAAAAUUCUGCUAACCAAAGUCAUUAAAAGUGCUUUCGUUGUGGAGAAUCAGCCUUGUAUGCCUCUUCAAAGUAAGAUGCCUCUGGUUUUGAGAACAAGCUCACAGUUUGCUGUUAAGGCACGCCUGUUGGUGAAACUGCCAGAGGUGGGCAAUCAUCUAAUGAAAGUGAAGGCUUGCAUUGAUAAGAAUUCACCAAAUGGAAAAGGGUAUCGUAAAUUUAAUAUUCUCGGCACAUUUGAAAAGGCAAUGAACAUGAUGGAUUUCAGAUUUGGUGGCUUGUGUGUUGACUUCAGACAUUUGCAACUUAAGGAGCAGAAGUGUAUUACUGGAGGCAAAGGAAAUAAUGAGGCUUCACUUAUUGUAACAGAGGAGCUCCAUCUCAUUAGCUUUGAGACUGAACUGGUUUACCAAGAUCUGAACAUCAAACUUGAGACUUGCACUUUACCUGUUGUUGUCAUCUCAAAUGCCAGCCAACUCCUUAACGGCUGGGCUUCAGUGGUUUGGUACAACAUGCUGUGCAGUGAUCUUCAGAAUAUUACAUUCUUUUCGAAACCUCCAUUGGCACCAUGGAGUCAGCUCUCAGAGGCACUGAGCUGGCAGUUUUCUUCAAACACCAAGAGACAUUUGGACUCUGAACAGCUUAACAUGUUGGCAGAAAAAUUAUUCGGGGUUCAAGAAAACUAUGCAGAUUGUUGCAUUACAUGGGCAAAGUUUUCAAAGGAGAAUUUACCAAAUCAGAACUUCUCCUUCUGGCUCUGGUUGCAAGGGAUCCUGGACCUUAUUAAGAAAUGCCUGGAGGAUAUUUGGAACGAUGGGAACAUUAUUGGGUUUUUGAGUAAGAAGAGAGAGCGCAGUUUAUUGAAACACAAGCCGACAGGCACUUUCCUGCUUCGCUUCAGCGAGAGCUGCAGGGACGGCGGUAUCACCUUCUCAUGGGUGGAGCAUUUACCCAAUGGGGAAUCCAAGAUUCGAUCUGUUCAACCAUACACUAAGGCACACCUGAAUAACAUUUCUCUAUCUGAAAUUGUUCGAUUUUACAAAGUAAUAGCAGAUGAGAAUGUCCCUGAGCACCCUCUGCUGUAUCUGUACCCAAAUAUUCCCAAGGAUGAGGCAUUUGGGAAAUAUUAUCUGGAGCCUGAAGCAGGUUCAGAGCUGCAGUUAAAGCACAACAAAUACUUGAGAACCCGAUUAAUUGUGGUAUCGGAAAGGCCACCUAGUGAUGUUUCUCUUGGAAUGAUGGAUGAAUGUCUUCAGGAGGAGUUCUCAAUGCCAGGCAUUUACAGGGAACAGAGAAAUACAAUAGACCCCAAUCUUGUUUCUCUAUUGUCAAUUGAUCCUGAUGUUUCAAUCCAGGGUUCUUUCAGAAGUCAGGAGAGAGAUUUCAUGGAUUGGAUUUGACACUGACUCCUGAAAGAUUGAGUGGUGACAUAGUGCAUUCAAGAGAUCUAUUUCUGAUGCAGAAUAAGUCUUCAGUGUAAUGGUUUCUGAUGUUAGGAUGUGGAACCUCUUCGAAUUUCAAUGCUCUUAUGUUAUAGAAAACUUCUUUCCAAUAUGCGCUCAAUUCUGAGAUUGUUCUUGCUGUAAGCAAACUUUUAAAGUACGUAAUCCAUAUUGUAUGUAAAGCAAGCUAAUACUGAUGAUGCACAAAAGGAGGGUUUUUGCCUCCAGCGGAGUACUAUCUGGUUCUCAUGACGUGGGAGGUUUUAUCUGGAUUGGUGUAAUCUUGAAGUAUUGACAACAAAGAAAGAGUGCAGGCCCCUACCGCUUUCCUCUUGCCCUCAAUCAAAACCAACACUAAACUUAAUGUCCUUCCCCACCCAGAUCCCAUUGCUUUAGAGCACUACAGCACAGAAACAGGCCCUUUAGCCCAUCUAGUCCAUGCCAGCCUGAUCCCCAGCCUAGUCCCAUUUAUUUGGAUCAUGGCCCUCCUUGCCCUUCUCAUCCAUGUGGCUAUGUAAACUCUAUUAAAUUUUGUUACAAUACAUCCACAUCCACCUCUUCAGGCAGCUCAUUCCACACUUUAAUUACUGUCUGAAUGAAUAAGUACCCCAUAUGGCGAUAGCAUUUGUAGAAACAUUCGUAGGAAUAAUUGUGAAUGUUAAACAAUGUUACUUACCUUUGUCUGGGUUGGGUGCAUUCAGUAUGUUUUGUUUUUGCACUACACUUUAGAUGUGGAGAAUGUCAUUUGCCCACAAUUAUCGUGGUUCAGGAUCGGUCUUGGGGAGAGGGAAACAUGAUGCUUUUUUAUUACAGUCACUGCAGGUUUCACUGCUUUGUGGGUUUGCUAGCUUUUGUUGACCAUUAACUUUAACUUUUGCCAUCAUUUCUCCAGUGUGCCUACAUGUGCAUUAUGGUUGAUGCACAGUUGCCUCAACUGUACUGUUUCUUGGUUCAGGACUUGGGCACUAACCCUCGACUAAGGGAACAUUAUAUUGUCUUUUGGAUGAUAUGACAACCUGAGGCCCCAUUUGCCUCCAUGGAUGGAUGCAAAGAUGUUUGUUUGUGAAGGGGGGGUAAGUGAAGAAGAAAGCAGGGAAUUCAAAAGACUUUAUAUGUCUAAGUAACAUAAAUUUCCUUUAUUUACCACCAAAUGUAGUUCUAGGUUUUGUUCACUGGUGGUUAACUAGGCUCAUGACAGAAGUACAGAGUUUUCUUUGCAUGUGUUGGAAGAGGUUUCCUUCAACUUAUACGGAUAGUUACAGAUAUUCCACAACAAACCUGUGUUUUAAAAGCUCUUUUCCACAUAAGCUAAUAGUACCAUCAGAGAGGUAGUGUCCUUUGCUGCUGUUUAUACAUAUUCUCUUUCAAUAUUUUUAUUAAUAUUAUAUAAAUUGCAUGGAUAUAAAUACAAAAUUAAUUAGGAUACAAGUAAUAUGAAUUACAUCACAUUUAAAUCACAGUAUCCCAUAUUCCAGAUCAAUCAUAUAGAAAAAGAUUGAAUUAUGAAAUAAAGUAAAAUGAUUAUUUUAUUUUUUUUAAAAAUCUACCCCCACUACCAAAAUGAGCUGGUUGGUGAGGGGUAAAAAACAGGAAAAACAACCUUACCACAUAAUAAUAAAGGCUCAGAACCAUACUUUAAUAACAGUCCAAAGAUUAUGUAAAUAACUCAAAGGGUCCCCAUAACAUUGGAAAAUCAUGUUUAGAAUUAGAAAUCGAACAAUGAAUCUUCUCUAGAUCAAGGCACAACAUAAUUUCAGAUAGCCAUUGGGCGGGGCAGCCUCCUUCCACUUGAGCAAGAUUACCCUGCUGGCCAUAAGAGACAUAAAGGCCAAUACCGGCAAAUUAGAUGGCUUCAGUUUUGUAAUACUAUCUUCAAGAAUACCAAACAUGGUAGUCAAGGGAUUGGGCUUAAAACUGACAUUGAAGAGUACAGAAAAGGUUUGAAAUACGUCUUCCCAAAAAUUUUCAAGGCUUAGAUAUGUCCAAAACAUAUGAAUUAGUGUGGCCACUCCAUUAGUACAUCUAUGACAGUAGGGGGAAAUAUCUGUGUAGAAACAAGAGAGCUUGUCUUUAGACAUGAACUUUAUGAACUGCUUAUACAUAUUCAACCCUAAGGCUUGUUUUAGGAGAUUAAAACCCAGUAAGGCAGCAUUGAUGAGCUUCUCAUACUAAAAGUAAGGGCCACAUUUUCUGUUCCUUUUUAAAACUCAUUACUUUAUCAUGUCUUAUGAUAGAUUAUAAGAAAUCCUAGAAACAGAUCUGUACAGGAAUUAUGCGCUCGGAUUUUGAGAUCAAGAGGAAAGAGUUGGAAAGUCCUUGAGCUGUACCUCUGAGUUAGGAAGUUUUAAUUAAUAAGGAGCUCCAAGUCCUAACCACGGCUGAAUAUGUAGUACUCUCGGCUCUGUGUCGAUUUCAUCUUACUCCAGAGAUUUGCACACCAAAAAAAAAACAGGCUGGCAUUCCAACUGCUGUGCUCUAGGAGUACUGCAUUGACAGUGGCCACCUUUUGGAAGAGAUGUUAAACCACAGCUCUGUCUGUCUGAGAUGGAUGUGAGAAAUCUUAUGAGACUACCUUGAACAACAUUGGAAUUAUCAUUGGUGUACUGGCAGAUAUUUUUCUCACAAUCUACUCUUCUGAAGAAGGUGUAUAGUAUUAUUAUGGCACAGCUUUCUGAAGCUUGCUCUGAACAAAAUGGCUACCACAUCUCUUGUAUCUGAACAGUGCCUGUGCUUCAAAUGUAUUUUACUGUCUGUAAAGCACUUUUAAGUUGGUCACCUUUUUAAUAUGGCUGAUAAUUGUGCAAUAGUUUCUCUGCUCCAGAAUUUUGGGGCAAUAACCUUUGAUUAUCCUGAAAACAAGGAUUAAAUUCUUGUUUUAGAAGCCGUGGAUAUUGUUUAAACACUUAAUUCCUUAUGCUAUACAAAACAGAUUUAACUGGAUUGAAAUUUAGAUUCAUCUCUAUUUUCAAAGGGCACUUAAGGUACUGAGUAACAGUAAUGAUUAAAACCAGAAUGCAAAGAGCAGAAAUAAAGGGCAUCUUAGUGCAUUGGAAGAAAAUGUGUGGUGGUGUAUUCCACCAGAAUCGGUGCUAGGGCCACCACUGUUCACAAUAGUGGUUUAGAUUCUGGAGUCAAAAGUAUACAACUUGAAAUAUAUGUGAUAUUGAGAAAACAGUUACUAAUGAAGAGGACGACAAAAAAAUUGUUGGAUACUAAUAAACUUUCAAAAUGGGCAAAUUAUUGGCAACUGUUCAGCACAUAAGUGUGAAGUCAUACAAUUGUGGGACGAAUAGGGAGGUCACUUGGCACAUAUGACUUAUUUGUGGAAAUGGAUGUAGGGAAGAGUUUGUGAAUCAGAAUUCUUAGGAUAUUUGAGAGAGCAGCAAAACCGUUAAUACCACUGGCACUGCCCACAAAUUGUACACUGUAAGUACUACAAGGAUAUCGGUUGGAUACAACAGAUGCUUAAUUUUAAACUCUCUUCAUGGAGCACAGCUAAAGUAUAAACAUACAUUUCCAUGGGUUGCUCACUGGAAUAUUUGAAGUUUGGUUCACUCUGUACUUUCAAUACAUUGCAAAUUAGAUGGGAUACUUAAAGCAACUGAAUGUACCUUGGUACACUGACCUCAUUGCAGGUUACCUUAAAUGUAAUUGAAAGCUGUUGUGGAAAUGACUGAUGUACUCAUUUUUUUGAUUUAUACAAUUCCCUUCAGUUUCAGCGGAGCUUUAUAUAGUUAAUGCUCCAUAAGGUGUUUGUACCUUGUUGGGUGAUCAAUUCAAGAAGUUGUUUUUGUAUCCAGAUUGCGCAGCUAACCUUCUAUAGGACAUAAUAUUUUGGGAUCUUUGCAGACCCGAAUUCCACUUGCAUUCUUCCCUAAUACACUGUCGAGCUUCUCAAGUAGUUCAGUUGCGAUCUUAAGUUGGGUGGGGGAGAAUGAAGUGCAUUCUAAAGUUUAGGACUCUCCUCUUUCACCCUCUAAGCUUAAAUUCAUUAUGUUCAGUAGUAAUGUCCACCAUGUUUCCAAUAACACAGAGCAAGUGUGACUUUAUGAAGGCAAAUGCAAAGCUGUCAUAAUUUUAAAGUAUCAGUUGACCAACGCUAUGCAGUACGUCCCUGCAUGUAUUGUGAUUCUAUUGUUUUGUUCGGUUUAUUGAAUACUACUGCUGUAUUUUUCACAAUUUGAUUCGUAGAAUAAACCAAUUUCAAUGCUG